AGCAGCUGCAGAGUGGAAACUGAACUCGCUGCGUUUUUAGGAAGUAAUAACUGCAAAGAUGACGAUAAAAUUCAUCCGAGAUCAUGGACAACAUUACCGCCCGAGAAUGGCCUGUUUGACCAAGGUGGAGGCCAUGGUGUUGCAGAUGCAGGACUCCAAAUCUGGGGUGAAAUCAUCUGAACAGAAGCUGAACAUUACCUCUAUUCCUCAUGUCGUUGCAGGUCAGGACAUUAUCACCUGGAUUGUCAAUCAUAUGAAGGUGGAUGCUCAAGAGGCUCGAGCUAUAGGCACCAUGCUGGUGGCGUAUGGGUUCAUCUACCCACUGCAGGACCACAAAAAGCUCAUCCUCAAGCCGGACGGAAGUCUGUACCGCUUUCAGACUCCUUACUUCUGGCCUGUUCAGAAAUGGAAGGCUGACGACACUGAUUACGCGAUUUACCUGGCAAAGAGAAACAUUCGGAAGAAGGGAACGCUGGAUGUGUAUGAACAGGAGUACUACAAGAACCUUCACAAAUGGCUCAACCAUAAAUGGGACUUUAUCGUGAUGCAGGCCAAAGAGCAGUACAGGGCGGGCAAGGAGAGGAAUAAAGCAGAUCGGGUUGUGUUUGAUUGUCAGGAGAGAGCGUACUGGAUAGUGCACCGGCCUCCACCUAGAACUCACAGCGCUAUGGACUAUGGAGUGGACCGCCUCAUUGACCCCAAUGCAGAAGAGGAUAAAACCUUUGACUACUACAGAAGAAUUAUCAUCUUCACACAGCAAGCCAUCAUGAGGCCAAAGGUCAAAUCCACAGUGUCCCUCGGAGCGAUCUUGAAGCACAUGACAACAUAUAAAGACCAUGACCCCUUCCUGGCCCCAUGCCUACCCAGCAACCCCUGGCAGACCGACGACAGCACCUACUGGGACCUCAACAUGAGGAAUGUUGAAAUUCCCACGAAGAUGAGAGUGGAGCGCUGGUCCUUCAGCUUCUUCGAGCUGCUGAAUGACCCACGAGGACGAACUGACUUCAAAGUUUUCUUGAAGAAAGAGUUCAGCGGUGAGAACUUGGCCUUCUGGGAAGCUGCUGAGGAGAUGAAGUGGGGAACAGCAUCGUCCAUCUCUGAGAAAGCGGAGACUAUUUUCAAGACCUUUCUGGCCCCAGGAGCUCCGCGCUGGAUCAACAUUGACGGCCGGACGAUGGGUCUGACGGUGAAGGGUUUGGAGCAUCCUCACCGCUACGUCCUGGACGCUGCGCAAACUCACAUCUUCAUGCUGAUGAAAAAGGACACUUUCUACCGAUAUCUGAAGUCUCCAGUUUAUAAGGACAUUCAGAAAAAGGCCCUUUCACCUGCAGCGCAUAACUUCACUCCUUCUCAGCUGGAGCAGAACGCUCGGAACCGCAAACCAGGCAUCCAUCCCAUCAUCACCUGGCAGCAGGAGGAGGAGGAGAGGGCCAAAGCAGCCGCCGCCGCCGGACCCAUUGACAUUAAAAAACUGAUGGCCAGCAAACUGGACCGUAAAUAGAGAGGUGAAGGCGGGAGGACACUGCAGACAGAAUUUCAGGUUAAAUA